UUUAUAACAAAAUGGAAUCUAGUGAAAACAUUUUUCUAAACAAUCUCGAAAACAAACCCAAUGAUGUAUUAGUGAGCUUUGAUGGAUCAACACCUCAUUGCAUGACUAAACUAGGCGAAAGUAUUGCUGACAUCGGGGAUGAAUCCACUAACACUGUCAACAGGUCAAAGUCUCGUUCAAGAGCUCAUCCGAAAGUCAAGCUCCCUUUCUGAAGAAGUACUAAGAGAAUCUCCUCUGAUCAAAAUCCCUGCAAAGCCACAUCGAGGAAGGAUACUCAAAUAAAAACCAGUGAUUCGGCCCAUGAAGGUAGUACACAAGAGACUGAGAGCAACAGAAGGAUCCCUGCUAGUCACUAUAAAUUUAAAACUCAGUUUAAGUCAUACCUGAAGGGAAGACUUGACGGGAACUGUGCACUGAACCCCCAAUCUAAAAACACCAAGUUUAUCUUCGUCAAUAAUCUCGAAUCAUUAGAAGAUAACAUUAUGAAAGAGGAGGUUUAUCAAAAAGACAUUUUCAAGAACUUCAACAGUCCUUGCUUCUCUCCAGACUCUAGUUACAGGAAACUGGACAGAAGAGUUGACGAUAAAUCUUCUAUGAGAGUUAUAGAAUCCAUGAAAAAGAACAUGCAGAAGUUUCUCAUUCCAAGCCCAAACAUGGAAGAGCCUCAAUUUGCUUGAGAAAAUGCAGCCAAAGUUGAAAAAAGCGCUUUUAAAAACCAUAGAUAUCCUUCGUUUUCAGUCCCGAAGCAGAGGAGCUGGCUGAUUUCAAGCGACAAGAGUCUAAAACGUACAAAAUUUGACUUAAAAAAGCUUAAAGGGAAGCUCAGAGUCAAUACCAGAUUAAUCCUCCGAGAUGAUCCAGGCUACCUUGAUGCCAGUGAGAACAGAGAGAGGCAUAACUACAGUGUGGUCAAUUCACCAACUGUUGAUCUUACUGGACAUGAAAUACUUAAAAAUGAAUCAGAAGCUAAGAAUAGAACUAUUGAAUCUAGAGAUGAGUCUGUUAAUUCAACCACCUUUAAGCUCCCCCAGCUCAGCACCAGAAGUAAGAGGAGAGCCAAGUAUUCUACCAGUUCUGCAAGGAAAAAGCUCCCGAAGUGCUUCUUAAUGGACGAUGAUGAGCUUGGUUCAUCCAGAAAAUCUAUUAAGAUGAAUUAUCUUAAGGAAUCUAAUAAAGUCUCUAAAUUUGCCAAGAAGAAAAUUGAGCAGUUCAGAAUUGCUAAAAUUGCUACUAAUGAUACUGGCAGACUACUCAAAGCUCAGAUUGGCCAAAAGGAAUGGAACGAUUCCAUUAGGUUUGCACCUAUACUACAUAAUUAGGAGGUUUACUUCCACAAGCGCCUUCUGAACUCACUGUUUGGAGAUAUAGGUGAUAAUAAAUUUAUUCACUAAAAAUUCUGAAAA